ACCAUCACCAACGUUUACCUUCCCUAUAUAUACGCCAAAUCCAGUUUUCUAUCACACUCUCUCUCUUCCCCUCUUUCUCGCUCUAUAAACUCCCUUCUGUCUCUUACCUUUUCCUCCGGUGAGUCUCAGAUUCCUUCAUUUUCUCGGGAUCCACCGACUCACCGCCCGAUCUCGAAUUUUUUUCUCACUUUUCAUUCUUCCUUUUUUUUAUUCAUAGGGAUUUUGAAUUUUGUUUUCAAAUUUAGAUUGAAUUUGAGUAAAUUAAUUAAUUAAUAUAAAAAGGAUUGAUCGGCAAUGAGCGAUCAUUUGGUGUUGUUUGUUGACCGUCUUGUACGGCCCAUGCCGGUUGAGCCUCUGGCUCAACAUCCGGCCCAGCCUGCUCCUGAGCCGUUACCGCCUGUGAAUGAGACACCAGCGGGACCAUCCAGUUCUUCACCGGAGGAUGAUGAUGAUGAUGACGGCGGCGAGGACGAGCCGCUGUUGCAGAUGGCGGAAUGUCGCAUUUGUCAGGAUGAGGACAGCAUUAAUAAUCUGGAGUCUCCAUGCGCAUGUAGCGGCAGUCUUAAGUAUGCUCACAGAAAGUGCGUCCAACGUUGGUGCAACGAAAAAGGAGACAUAACUUGUGAAAUUUGUCAUAAGUCAUAUGAACCUGGUUAUACUGCUCCACCACCGCGUCCAAAUCCCGAAGAAACUACCAUUGAUAUAGGCGGAGGCUGGACAAUUUCUGGUACGCCUUUGGACUUGCGUGAUCCUCGACUCUUGGCAAUUGCAGAGGCAGAACGCCAAUUCUUCGAAGCUGAAUAUGAUGGAUAUGCUGCUUCUAAUGCCAAUGGAGCUGCAUUUUGUCGUUCAGCUGCUCUAAUUUUAAUGGCCCUUUUACUCUUGAGACACGCACUUUCUGUCACGGACGCUGAUGCCGAGGAUGAUCCAUCAACUUUUUUCUCUCUUUUCUUGCUUCGUGCUGCUGGCUUUCUUUUACCUUGCUAUAUCAUGGCUUGGGCAAUCAGUAUUUUGCAAAGACGGCGGCAAAGACAAGAGGCUGCAGCACUAGCCGCAACCCAAGUUGCCUUCGUGCUACAAUCCGGGCAGCAUAGGGGUCUGCAAUUCGCCAUAGCACCAGGACCACCAACAGUGAAUCCACACCACGAACAAGUGUAGUUUGUAAUAUCAGUGUAUGAAAAUGGAGUGUUCACGAUGUAAAGUAGACUUGUUGAAAUGCCAUGCUACUCUUACUCAUGAUUUUCUCUUCUCUAACUCUAAUAAUAAUAUAGCUUGAGCAACUUCAAGAUGGUUCUGCUUCGGCCUAACUUUAUUUGGAAUAUUUGUCUAUCUUAAAUUCUGUCACUCUAAUCUAAUAUCAGGAGGUAUUAGCUACACGAACCAAACCAGAGACUUGACUGGAUGAACCUGAAAAUACAAUACAAAUUAUUUAAA